AUACAUGUAUCACUGUUUGGGCAGUGCCAAAAAAUGGCCAUUGCUACAACUUUUCUUCCUUGAGUCUAGAGCUGUUAAACGAAUCGAGUUGUUCGUGAAUUCAGCUCGGUUAAAGUUCAUUUGCGAACGUUAACGAGUCGAGCCGAACAAUAUAAAAAAACUCGUUUCGUUAAUGAAUGAGCUCAAACUUCGUUGGGAGCUCCGGGAGUAGAAGUCCCGGACUUCCCAAGAAUCACUCUUUUAUUACAGACAACUGGUGAUGAGAUAUAAUAGUGAAAUAAUAUUAUUAGCCGACAUUAGUUAAAGUCUCCCACUAAAGGAUCAUCUUCUCCAAGUAGCUCAGAUUUCAUUCUCCAACUAACCUAUCUCUGUAUCACCAGAAUGUUUUCAUUUUUUCACCUUCUUCUUCCUCACCAUUCUCAACCUGAUUUCUUCACUGCAGAUGUUUAUCGGGCUUUGUUCAUCUGCAUCAGAUGAAUAACAACUCUAGGGUUUGUACGAGGAAGGUGAUUGCAGUGAUGGGUAGAUCAACCAGAGGUUUCGAGGACCAUUUGAAGGCUGGCCCCAAGAAAGCUCUCAGAUUUGGCACUGGAAACUAUUGUCCAUUCUUGGAGCCCGGGUUCGAUUGUUUGGCCAAUGGUAGGAAGGAUGAGGAGUAUCUCAAAUGGCGAUGGAAGCCAAGGGACUGUCAGGUCCCUAGAUUUGAUGUUCUUGCAGUGUUGGAGUUCCUCCGGGGCAAGAGGGUUGUUUUUGUCGGAGACUCUUUGGGUAGAACUCAGUGGGAGUCGAUGGUUUGCAUGCUGAUGAGCGGUGUUAAGGAUAAAAAUAGUGUGUAUGAAGUCAAUGGGAAUGCGAUCACCAAGCAGAUUAGGCAUUUGGUGGUUCGAUUUAGUGGCUUCAACCUUUCUCUUGAGUUUUAUCGCUUGGUUUUUCUAGUACGGCCUGGUGUGAGUCCCAAGCUUUCACCGAAGAGAGUGAAGAAGGUUGUAAAGCUAGACAGGAUGGAUGGGAUUAGUCGGGAAUGGAUCGAUUCUGAUAUUCUUGUUUUCAAUUCAGGACAUUGGUGGACGCCGACUAAACUCUUUGAUAUGGGUAGGUACUUUGAGUUCGCAGGAAAGAUAAAGCUUGGAAUGACCAUAGACGAUGCAUUCAAGAUUGCGUUAUCGACCUGGCAAUUGUGGAUAGAGAAGGCCGUGAAUCCCAACAGGACACGGAUCUUCUUCCGGACAUUUGAGUCCACUCAUUGGAGCACGGGAUCCCGUCAGAACUGUAAAGUGACGAGGCUCCCCUCGCCCGAACUCAAAGACAAAAAGAGCAGUGCGAUAUCGGAUGCUAUAAUCCACACUGUUUAUAACACAUCGAUUCCUAUACAACUCUUGCACGUCACACCGAUGGGCGCAUUCAGAAGCGAUGCCCAUGUCGGUUCUUGGAGCGACAAUCCGUCUGUUCCCGACUGCAGCCAUUGGUGCUUGCCAGGAGUCCCCGACAUGUGGAACGAGCUCCUCUUCUCGUUUCUGCUCUCCUGACUUCCUAACAUGUGAGUUCUUUCCUCCUUCGCCGACUUUUAACCGAUUUUUGUUUUCCCUUUUUACCCUCUUGAAGUAGAUACUGUUUUUAGAAUUGCUGAUUUUGAUCUGUGGAAACCUUUAGGUUAGUUUAGUUUAGUUUAAUGUGGAAAGAGUGUAUUCAACUGCAAGAGAAGAUGUAUUAUGUACACCAACACAUUUCUUAACAUUAGAGUUCAAGUCUUGGUAUUCUUACAAGACAUUGCAAUAUAUAUUCUUUCAUGUUAGAAAAUACUUACAUAUAUACAUGUAUGUAUAUAUAAAGGGACAGGACAGGACAUUCCUCAUUAG